AUGAAACAGUAUUGUUGUUUAGUUCUAAUUGGUUUAGUAGCUUUAACGAAUGCUGCCAGCGUUCGACGAACAAAACGACAAUUUGGUGUUGUCCCUCUCUACUCCUCCUGUAACGAAUAUUUGACCUGCGCUGCCCCAGCAGUGUGCGCCGCUGGAACAUGUCAAUGUGCUCAAGCUUAUCAACCAUCCGGAACUCAAUGCGUGCCAUCCGCAGCCCCUGCGGCGGCGGUGAACGGUGUUUACCAAGUUCCAGCUGGAGUGGCGCCGGCAACAUUCCGAACUGUUUACACUGAUGCACUCACCGCAGUCCGUCCAGUUUACCAGCCAGUGGUCUAUUACCCACAAGUUGUGCGAACUCCGGUCCUUUGUGCUCUUCCACCAUGUCAUGAAGUGCCAGCUCCAGUUCCAACAGUUCCAGCUACCACCCCAAAUGCUCCAACCAACCCCACAGAACUCCCGACCCCAGCUCCAGAACCUACUACCACUCCUAGAAGUAAUUCUCAUCGCAGACUCUUCGACAGCCCAUCCAUCGCCUACCCAGGAGACUAUUGUGAGCUUCCAACGACUGUUUGUGUAGGAGGAAGUUUCUGUGAAAAUGCUCCAACUACCACUACCGAGUUGGCCACCACUACUACCAUCACGACCACCCAGGCCCCAACAACCAUCUUCACCACUACCACUACCACUCAACCGCCAUCUACCACUGUUUUCGUCCCAACUGUGACCCCAAGCAGAGAAGAGCCAGGAUGUACACCAUACAACUGCGCCUGCAACCCGAUGGGAUGUGGACAAGGACAAAUUGUCAGAAUCAAUUUUGUGAUCCCCGGCCAACAGUGCAAUUCGAACAACCAAUGCCUCGCUGGAUCUUACUGUAGCUCUGGAACAUGUAGAUGUGCCAACAGCUUCGAACAACGUGGAACCAUGUGUAUCAGAAGGAGAAAGUAA